AUGGCGGCCGCCACAGUUGCAGUUGCUCUGCCACCUGGACCAUUGGGUCAACCAGACAUCAGUUAUGCUCCAGAUCUUGUGAAGUUCGCCGCAAGGACUCGUCGCCGCCAUGAAACAGAACAGCUUGAGAAAGCACUCCCGGCUGGCUUUCCCAAGAAGCUUGUCUCGGAUCUCGUUUGGGAAGGCCGAGACCUCGUUGACAAAUAUGACUGGACCUACGAAUUGACCACCGAGGAAGUGGAGGAGAUCGAGGCAGGCCUCAGCCAUUUUCAAGCCCUGAAUCAGCCCUUGGGUUUCAUUAGCCAAGACACUUUCCCAUUACCGAAACUUCAUUCAACAUUGCGAAAAAUCUCUUUUGAGCUCCACCAUGGUCAUGGUUUCAAAGUUCUGAGAGGCUUACCAGUCACUAAACACAGUCGGGAAGAAAAUCUCAUCAUAUACGCUGGGGUGUCUUCGCAUAUUGCUUCCAUCAGAGGUCGCCAAGACAACCAGUUUGAAGGUAAACCUGCAGAUGUGGUGCUCAACCAUAUCAAAGAUCUAAGCUCGACAGCUGACAAGGACAAAAUUGGAGCUCCUGCUUACACCACUGAUAAACAAGUCUUUCACACCGACUCGGGUGACAUUGUAUCAUUGUUCGCACUGAGUACAGCUGCGGAAGGUGGAGUGAGUCGACUUGCAAGCACAUGGCGUGUGUACAACGAACUAGCCGAAACAAGACCAGACCUGAUCCGCACCCUUGCAGAACCGUGGCCUGCUGACAAUUUUGGCAACAAAGAGACGCCAUUCGAAAGCAGACCUCUGUUGUACCAUGAGCCCGCGAGUGGCAGUAAUCCCGAGCGAGUGCUACUCCAGUAUGCUCGGCGAAGCUUCACUGGCUUCGGGGCACUACCUCGAUCUGCGAAUAUCCCUGCAAUCACAGAAGCCCAGGCCGAGGCCUUAGACGCGCUUCAUUUCUUGGGCGAGCGAUUCAAUGUCGGUCUUGACUUUCGCCAAGGUGAUGUUCAGUAUGUGAACAACUUGGCUGUCUUUCAUGCCAGGGAUGCAUUCAAAGACACCUCAACCCAACAGUAA